AUGGGAAACCCAGCGGCGACCUUCAAAGAUGAUAUGGAUGCUGCCCGCGAAGCUAUAUCCAGAGAGACAACCCAGGGACGCAAUGUGGUUGUCCUUGCGCACUCGUACGGCGGCAUGGUUGGCAAUAGCGCUAUCAAGGGUUUCACGCGGCCACAGGCCAUCACAUCAAGCCAGACUCAAACCUCAUCAACGGGGUACGUUAUCGGCCUCGUUCUCAUAGCCUCUGGCUUUACCAUGACAGGACUAUCCUUCAUGGAUCCGUUCUUUGGCCAUCCACCUCCUUACUGGCGGGUCAAUAGCGAGACCGGGUAUGCCGAGCUUGUCACUUCCCCACGUGAGCUGUUUUAUCAUGACCUGCCAGCGGAAGAGGCUGAAUUCUGGGUUUCGCAGCUCACAACCCAGAGCCUUAAGGCAUUGUUCGAGGGUGGUGAGCAUUCAUAUGCUGGUUGGAUGGAUCUGCCUGUCUGGUAUAUCGGCACUGUCGAGGAUCGGGGUUUGCCGGUGUUGGUGCAACGGAUCCAGGUCGGUGUGGCAAGGGAAGUGGGUUGUAGUGUGGAGCAUAGGGAGCUGCAGACCAGCCAUUCGCCAUUUCUGAGUCAGCCAGAUGCGACGGCAAGAAUUAUAUUGGAGGCUGUCGAGGCGUUUACAGGGAAGCAAGUGGAAGAUGAAUCUACGAGAGAACGAGGCGAUGCCAUAACGGUGCCCACAGUCAGGCUUCGGCAACCUUUCACAUUGUUUAAGUUUGGACUGCCGCUGGCCUUUGGUCACGUAAUAGGAAGGUGUGUCCUCCUAUUCAUGUGGGGAAGAAGGCUAUGGAGGUCUGGUUUCAGGUAA